UAAAUAAAAUGGAAGAAUGUACGUAAAGUUUUAAUUACAGUUCAUUUUGGGGCAAUUUAAAAGAAAUCGGGUUUUUUGAAAACUAAUAGUAAACGGGUUCGGUUGGCCUCAAUUUCGAAUUCGUAAUAUAUUUACGAGUGCGCAGGCAAAUUGCCUUUUCACCCUCUCCGUGAUGCUUAUUUACACAUAUGCCCAUGGGGAGGUGAUAAAUGCAAAAGAAAUAAAAACAUACCCCCGAUGAUGAUCUUUGCCCUAAGCCCCCUUUCUUUCGGACAUCUUCCAAAUUCCCCCACGCAAGCUGCCGCCGCCGUCGCUGCUUCUCCGGCCGGAUUCCCUCCGCGUCCAGUUUCAUUUGAAGAUCCUUGAUUUGCCUGCACUGGUCCUGGAUGCUAGAUUAGUAUGUUGGAACUGAGCUAUUUCUGCGGCUCUCCUUGCUAUUACUAGUGAUGGUUCUUUUUUGACAUCAACUGAAUCUCAUAUGGGAACCUUCGGUGGAUAGAGAGCAGCAUGGAAGAGCAGCAAAGAAUAGUGGCUAUUUGUCAAUAUGGUGGUGAAUUUGUCAAUAAUAGUGAUGGAUCUAUGACAUAUUCUGGUGGAGAAGCUCAUGCACUUGAAGUAGCUCAUGGCAUGAGCUUUGAUGCUUUUAAGUUUGAACUUACUAGUGUGUUCAAUGUUGAUGUAAACAGUAUGUCCAUCAAAUAUUUUCUCCCAGGCAACACUAAAACACUUAUCACAGUGUCUAAUAACAAGGAUUUAGCUCGGAUGAUUGAUUUUACUUCUAAUGUUUUGACUGCUGAGGUUUAUAUCAUAAACAAGGUUGAGAACAGAAUGAUUGUAGCUGAUUCUGGAACCUCAAACAUUGGCACUGCUGCAAAUGCUCAAGAUGGAAAACGAAAAAGGAUAACUAAAACAUAUGUCAAUGUUUUUCAACCCGGUGACCCAAAUGUUAUACCCAGUGCAUCUGGAAAUAUUGGCAACAAUCUCCAAAAGCAACUAAUUGAAAACGACGAUCACAGGGCAAAUGCUGAUGACAGCUUUCUAAUUCCAUUUGUUACCCCCACUGCUUCUCUGGACGAUUCCAGGCAAAGGAUAAUGAAUAUUGAUAUGGUUGAUGAAAGGGCAACUGGGAACAUCUUGGUUGAUCCAAGUACACCUCUUUUUACAUCUCUAGUCACUACUGAAGAUGUCAGACCUAUUAAUUCAAGCUCCCACUGGGACACUAUCAUAAGUGGAGUUGGACAAGAAUUUGAUAAUGCCAAGGACUUUCGAUCUCAAUUGUGUAAUUAUGCUAUUGGUAAAGGGUUUGCAUAUAAAUUUGUUAAGAAUGAAUCCAGUAGAGUUACUGUAAGAUGUGCUGAAGACACUUGUGCAUGGCGCAUUCAUGCUUCGGAAACAUCAAAUAAGUUGAAGUUCGUCAUCAAAAAAAUGACAAAUGUCCACACCUGCAAUGGUGGAAAUGGUCAACGAAAGGCAACACGCCAGUGGCUCACCAAAAUUAUCAAGGAAAAGUUGCAUUGCAGCCCACAGUGCAAGCCCAAAGAUCUUGUAAGAGAGAUAUAUGAAGAUUUUGGUGUUAAUUUAACCUACUCUCAGGUUUGGCGAGGAAGAGAAGUAGCACAGAAGGAGCUUUUCGAUUCUAUGAAAGAGACGUACAACCAACUACCUUGGUUUGCUGAAAAAAUAUUGGAGACCAACCCAAACAGUGUUGCCUUGCUAUCUGCUUCACUUGAUACGAAGUUCCGUCAUUUUUUUGUGUCAUUUCAUGCUUCCCUUCAUGGCUUUGAGCAUGGUUGUCGCCCUCUUCUUUUUCUUGAUAGGAUUCCCUUGAAAGCAACCAAUCAACACAAGUUAUUGGUUGCUGCAACAGUUGAUGGAAAUGAUGCAGUCUUUCCUGUUGCCUUUGCAGUAGUGGAGGAUGAGAAUUAUGAUAGUUGGUUUUGGUUUCUAUUCCAGUUGAAGUGUGCUGUAACGACCUCUCGCACAAUUACCUUUGUGUCAAACAGGCAGAAGGGUUUGGAUGGAGCCAUACUCCGAGUAUUCGAGGAUAAUAGUCAUCACUGUUAUUGUUUGCAUCACCUUUUAGAAGAAUUUAAGAAUGAACUGAGGAAGGGUCCAUGGUCUUCUCAAGUGAAGGAUGCAAUGAUUGGAGAUUUUACUCGUGCUGCCCAAGCCUGCAGCAUUGAGGAUUUUAAUGCUUCUAUUGAGAGCAUAAGAAAUGUUUCAGCAGAAGCUGCUGAGUGGAUUCUGGCUACUAAGCCUGAAAACUGGUCAGAUGCCAUUUUCAAGGGUUUUAGAUAUGAUCAUUUAUCAUCAAACAUUGUUGAUUCAUUUAUGAAUUGGAUACCUGCAAAGAGAGAAUCAUCAGUAGUUCAUAUGUUUGAUGCAAUAAUCAGCAAGUUAGGAGAGGUCAUAGAAGAAAGGCGUGCAGCAUGCAAUACAUGGGCAGGCCCCUUAACACCAACUAUGGAGCAAAAGUUGCAAAAGGAGAUGUUAAAGGCUCGGAAGCUAAAUGUAUUAUGCUCCUCCGACACUGUGUUUGAGGUUCGUGGAAAUGCUAUAUUUGUCGUUAACAUUGGAAGUUGGGAAUGCACUUGCAAGAGGUGGCAGAUUUCUGGUCUUCCUUGUCUGCAUGCUGUUGCAGCCUUUAUCCGGGUUGAAAAAGAUGUUUAUGACUAUUGUUCAAGAUAUUUUAGAAUUGACUGCUACCAAUUGACCUAUUCAGAGUCUGUCCGUGCAGUACCAAAUAUUGAAAGCAUAGAUUUCUUUUCUGGCACUAGUUCAUUCCCUCCUACCCGCCGUCCACCAGGAAGGCCAAGGAGAAAGAGAUUUAAUCCCAACAAGAUUAACACUGCUAUUCGACUCUGCAGCAGGUGCAAAAUAGCAGGCCACAACAAGGCAACUUGUGAAGCCUUCCUCUAGUCCUCAUGGAUAUAUUAGUUUUUAUAGGAUCUCGGCUGCGUGUAUUGUACGUUCUCCUCAAGGACUCAACCUGAAGAUUGUCUUGUUCAGCGGGUUGACCGGCUCUGUAAGACUUUGUUUAGGUUUCUUUCUUUGUUGUUUCCCAAUUCUGAAGUUCUGAUCUGCCCCGAACAGCAUCGUCUUGAUACAUGUAUCAUGCUUUUUAGUUUUUGCAACCAUCUGUAUUUUUUUUUGGUUUAUGACCGAUGCCAUGUAUUUUUGCUGUCUUUAGUAUGUGUACGUAGUUGAAUCUUUUGGUAGACAACUCUAAUAUAUUCAUUGCUUGUAUAUCAUUUUUUAAGUUUUCACUUAGCUUAAGCAAUGAUCUAUGGCAUUCACAUUUUA